CCAGGGACUCCAUCAAUGCAGUCGGGUGGUACGGGUUUUUUGUGAUUGUCAGAUCUAGGAAGUGUACUAUGGUACGACUGACAAAAUAUUCUGGGUGUUACAUCAUCGCCUACUAUAAGCUACCUCCCUAGAAGUCAGAGCCGUCCCGAGACUGACCGACUCUUUCGUGUAAUAAUCCAUCCAUCGGAGGCCAUCUCACGUGACUGACAAUGUCGGUCCCUUGAGUUGGAUCGCCACAUUCAUGUCGUGGCUGAGAUUAGACCUGAAGAGGCUGUGUUUUCCACCAAUGAGAAUCAUUGCGCGGAGAAGACGUCACGACGAAACCGUACCCAAGGGCGGAUUGAGUACCUCCCAGGCGAUAACCUCAUCUUCAAUGUGAGUUCGCCACGGUACAAAUCACUGAAUCGUGUAAUACAGCAAAAUCUCAAAAUGGCUCCCAAAGCACCAAACUACAAGUUGUGGGCCAAGAUGAUCCUAGGCGGCGCUGGCAUUGCAGUCGGAGGCCCAGCCUUUGUCAUGUACAUUUCACCGACUGAGGAGGAGCUCUUCAAGAGGUACAACCCAGACUUGCAAAAGAGAGCCCUCGAGAGUCGGUAUGAGCGACAGAAGGAGUACGAUGACUUUGUCACGGAACUCAAGAAAUCAGCCAAGUCGGAUAAGAAUAUCUGGAUCACUCAGCAGAUCGAAGCUGAGAAGAAGGAAAAACUUGCUAGACAGAUGGCCAGCGCGAAUGCAGCAGCUGAGCAGGCAAGGAUGCAAGAAGAAGAGCACGCAAAGAUUGAACAGAUGAGGAGAGAGGCUGGAUUACCUCCUACUAGGUAAUAUGGGCACAUUUUAUGUCCCUCAAAAUCGCUGUAAGAUCAUAUAUGUGAGAUAUCGCAGACAUGGCCGGCCCAUUCACUGUCGAAGGGCACACCGUGUAUUAAAUAUUAAAUAUUUGAGCAGAAAGGAUUCCCUUAUCCUGCAGCAUAAUGUAAAUCUAACAUUUAUGCUCUACGGCUCUCAUCGAAUAUUUCAUUCAUAG